AAAGCCCUCAAGGACCACCUCCUAAUUGCUCACCGGAUUAUAAAUACUAGAAUAGACCAUCAUCAUCAGAGUGCUUUCUCCCUUCAUUCUCCAAGAUCCUUCUUAGACUCGUUCUCCUUUGGUACUCUUUGCAUCAUUUGUUCUGUCAGAUCUACCACACUAAACAAUGGGUCUCACCCAGGAACAGACUGACAUCAUCAAGGCCACCGUGCCUGUGAUCAAGGUGCAUGGCAAUGCUGUUACCAGCGUCUUCUACAAGAACAUGCUCGCCGCGCAUCCUGAGCUGAAUGCCAUCUUCAACUCAUCCAACCAAGUGAACGGCCACCAACCCCGCGCCCUCGCCGGCGCUGUCUUCGCCUACGCCGCCAACAUCGACAACCUUGGUGCUCUCGGCCCCGCAGUCGAGCUCAUCUGCAACAAGCAUGCAUCCCUCUACAUCCAGCCCGAGCACUACAACAUCGUCGGCAAGUUCUUGCUCGAAGCCAUGGGCGAAGUCCUUGGUGACGCCUUCACCCCCGCCAUCAAGGACGCGUGGGCCGCCGCUUACUUCCAACUCGCUGAUAUCAUGAUCAACCGCGAAGCUGCCCUCUACAAGGAGGCCGAUGGAUGGACCGAGUUCCGUGAUUUCCGCAUUGCCAAGAAGGUUUCUGAAUCUUCUGAGAUCACCUCCUUCUACCUCGAGCCUGUCGAUGGCAAGCCCCUCCCCUCUUUCCGUCCCGGACAAUACAUUUCCAUUCAGCUCUUCGUCCCCCAACUCAACCACCCUCAAGCCAGACAAUACUCUCUCAGUGACAAGCCCCGCUCCGACUACUACCGGAUCUCUGUGAAGAAGGAGGCUGGCCUUAAUGCCACCGAACCGGGAGCUGAAGCCCACCCUGGCCUCGUGUCUAACAUCCUGCACGAUCUCAAGAAGGAAGGCGACAUCAUCAAGGUGUCGCACCCGCAGGGUGACUUCUUCCUGUCCGAUGCGGAGAAGCAGAGCUCCAGCCCCAUCGUUCUCUUGGCAGCCGGUGUGGGUCUGACCCCGCUCACCUCGAUCCUGAACACCCUCCUCGAGACCGAGUCUGAGACACAGCGCAAAAUUUCCUUCAUUCACGGCGCUCGCACCUCCGCCGCCCGUGCCUUCAAGCCCCAGAUCCGUGAGCUGGCCACCAAGGUGCCUAACUUGCAGGCCUUCUUCUUCACCAGCCACCCGGCUGCCGAGGACAAACAAGGUGAAGACUACGACUUUGCCGGUCGCCUGGACCUGAGCAAGCUGGAUUCCAAGAAGGACCUGUUCCUGGACGAUGCCACAACGCAGUACUACGUGUGUGGUCCCGAGUCGUUCAUGCUGGACGUGAAGGGCAAGCUGGCUGCCGAGGGAGUGAGCGCGGAUCGCAUCAAGAUGGAGCUGUUUGGCACUGGUGGUGUGCCCGCUUGAUUGCGUCAUUGACAGAUACACACUGCAUACACUUUUAUCUGCUACCGAUACAGAUAGAGUAGAGCUUUGCAUUAUGGGUUACGACUGCAUGGGUUAACCUUUGUAUAUAAUUUUAGUUCUUUAAUACCCUCCACUCAAUUAAUAAUUCGUUA